AUGUGGCGAUAUGCGAAAGAUGGCAACCUAACAAGCAGGGCUUUGUGGGAUGCACGGCGUAUUGAUUCGCUGCAGGCUAGGCUGGCCCCAGGCUUGAAGUUCGCAGUUGAUCUGCCGAGGCCUCCCUUGCCGAUGCUUCUGGGAGGGGAGGACGCCCGCAAAUUUGAAGUCCAACCAUCCAAAGCGAAGGUUCCGGAGACCACGGCCAGUGAUGAAUAUGUGGCGGCUCUCAAAAGUGAGUUCCAUGCAGCUCUGGCCCGGACUCUGGACCAGACGUCAGCGGAGAAGGCCGAGCUGCAACGGGAGCUUGCGAAUGCAGCGGCGGCUUCUCAGGAGUACUUGCAGAAGCUGGUUGACAACCAGGCCGAAAUGUCGGAGCUGAAAGAAGCCGUCAUGAGGCUUGAGGCAGCUGCCAGGUGCUGGGAGGCGGAGAAGGCCGAGCUGCAGCAAGAACUCGCCAUCGCAGCAGCGGCUUCUCAGGAGUACUUGCAGAAGCUGGUUGGUAAUCAGGCCGAUUUGACAGAGCUCAAAGAAGCAGUCAUGAGGCUCGAGGCGCACUACGUCACAGCGGACGCAUCAAAAGUUGCAUUGCGUCAUACCGUCCCGUGGUUUUCCGCAGUCGCGGUUUCCCGUCACAGUGAAAAGUUGCAAUCAGCACCUGCCUGCAUGUGGGAGGCACGGCAUCUGGACAAGACCGAUGCUAAAGAAAGCUGUUGGGCAGCCGAGAAGGCCGUUGAUCAAACGGACUAA